AACUUUUUCCAGACAAAACGUAACGGAUCAUUUGUUAGAGUAGACUACCAAAUUGAACUCCGAUUGAACUAGAAACCCUAGAAUUUUGUGACUGACGAAGAAGAAGAAGAAAAUUGAGAGAUGAAGAGAGUUUUCGGCAUUAAGAAGGAAACACAACCUGCUCCAUCGGUUCAAGAUGCUUCUGAUAGGAUCAAUAAAAGAGGCGAGUCAGUGGAAGAGAAAAUCAAGAGGCUUGAUGCUGAACUUGCAAGGUACAAGGAACAGCUAAAGAAGACUCGUCCAGGUCCAGCUCAGGAAGCAGUAAAAGCUCGAGCUAUGAGAGUGUUGAAGCAAAAGAGAAUGUAUGAAGGUCAGCGGGACAUGCUCUACAAUCAGACAUACAACUUAGACCAAGUCUCAUUUGCUUCUGAGGGGAUCAAAGAUGCUCAGCAAACAAUGGCUGCAAUGAAGUCAGCAAACAAAGAAUUAAAAGGAAUGAUGAAAACUGUGAACAUUCAAGAUGUAGAUAACCUACAAGAUGAAAUGACAGACCUGAUGGAUGUAAGCAAUGAAAUUCAAGAGACUCUUGGUAGAAGCUACGGUGUGCCUGAUGACGUUGAUGAAGAAGAGCUCAUGGGUGAGCUUGAUGCUCUGGAAGCGGACAUGGAGUUUGAAGAAGGUGUCCCUUCAUACCUACAACCUGACAAGGAACCAGAUCUGGAUUCAGAGCUUAGCAUGCCAUCAGCACCAAUGGGACACGCGCCAAUGCCAGCUGGUAGAGCUAACCCGCAGGCUGAAGAUGAACUAGGCUUACCUGCUGUCCCUCGUGCAUCACUUCGCGGUUAGGAGAGUUUUGGGGGCGUAAACGUUGCACAGUUUUGGUUUCUUAAACUUUGUUCCGAAUUACUUCUUCCAGAGAAGUAACGCUGAUUUGUAAUAAUAAUGAAUAGAUUUUUGAUUAAUGAUUGUAUGUUCAUUAUAGAAUCUUAUAUCGAUGAAGAAAGAAAUCAUGUUUGUCUUUCUUUUUUUUAAA